UAUAAGUAAAGACAUGUUGUCUGCUAUAUAUGAAACUCCGUUUCCAAAACUCGUCCUAGUCGAAGACACUGUUAAGUUAUGUGGUCAAAACCUAUUUCUUUCUCUAGUUAGCACUCAAAGCAGUAAAAAUUCUGUAAAGCUAUUAUGCUUAGAAAAACCUCCAUCAUAUUACAAAGAGAAGUUGAAAGAUGUGGACAACAUACAUUUGCAUGAUUGUUUCCAUAACUUCGAUGGUCUAAAUGAAGUCUUUGAAGAAACGUCUAAAUCCAGCACAAACACCGUAAUUGUAAUUGAUUCUUUAGCAGAAUGUUAUAUACUAAUGAAAGAUUUUUUCACACAACUCAGAAAAUUAUUAAGUAAUAAAUUUAUUACUCAAAUAAUUACUCUGCUACACAGAGAUUGUGUUCCUUCAAAAAAUGUUUUAGUUGAUCUUCAUCAUAUAUCAAAUGCAAUUAUAGAAAUCACUGAUGGAAACAGCAAUUCAAACACCUGUUCCUUACUGAUUCGUAGACCAGGUAGGAAAGUAAUCAAGGAUACAAUAUCCUGCUGGGUUGAUGAAAAUCGAAUGCUGCACUCCAAAAAGUUUACCCCCGUUGUUAAGAAAUUGGCAGAUAAUCAAGAUACAUUACCAUCCGGGUUGUCCACAUUUAGAAUUGAACUUAAUGAAAAUGAAAAAAAAUCUAGAGACCAGGUUGUAUUGCCAUACACACAAAUUGGUGCUGGUGAUUCUGUUUCAAGUUCGGGAACUGGAAAAAUUAUAUAUGAACUAGAGGCUGCAGAUGAUUGGGAUGAAGAAGACCCAGAUGAUGAUUUAGAUAUUUAA